AUCGAAUCGUAUCCACUAUCAGCCAAAGAUUGCAUUUACUUCAUUUCCAUGAAACAGCGAUAACACAAAUAAGAAGAAGCUAGACAGAAUCAGGAAUGACAUCUGAGCUCCACAACAUGCCUAAACCACAUUUUCGCAGCAAAGAGGAAAAACAACUUAUGAGAUUCUAUGAACCUCUAGUCCUUCUACACACCCUCGGUAGAAGCCGAGGCGACCGUACACAGAAUUCCGUUGUAUCAACUGGCACUUUCUCGGAAAGGCGGAAGUUCUUGAAUAACCUCGCCUAUAUCUGCGACUUCAACACAGGGGGCGAUACCGUUACAUCCAUCGCUCUGCAAGAUUGCGCAGAUGGACCAAUAUACUGGGUCGCGUCGAAUUCAGAGAAGAAAGUUCUCAAAAGCCAUGAAUUCCUCAUGUCGGUUCUAUCAGAUCUGUCGAGAGUCUCGGCUGAAUCCGCUGAACCAAGUCCCGAACACAAAGAGCGAUUGGCUACUGAAUUGUCCGAGAAGAUCAUUGUGUUUGCUAAAAAGAGAAUCAAUGGGUAUCGGAGUCAUCUGCGAACUGUUCUGCCACGGGCUAUUGACUAUCUUCAGAGGCGAGACGCUGUAGAAAAUAGCGAUAUCUUAGACUGGUUGAACUCGUGGCGGACUAAUGUAUAUUCGGAAGAUGUGUGCCGUUUAGCCUACGACGCAAGAAGGUCCGAAAACAUACGCGUACUUCGAAAUUUGGGCGAGAAGCAAAAUCGUUCUGGCAACCGAGAUUCAAUCUACAACAUACUGCAUUCUGUCCGACAUUACAUCGGGCGACUGGGGUAUCACUUCUGUGUUGCAAAGGCCUUGCUCAAUUCUGCACGCCCCCUUGCGACGCUCUUGACCAGCUACGAAGUUCGAAUCGUUGCACCUAUGCCACCAGGUGAGAUGCCAGAUGCAGAUUCGAAAACUAAGCUUGAUGGUAUCUUGGUACGAAUGAUGCCUAACAAUGCAGUGGCAUUGCCUUCUAUGCAGGAAAACCUGCAGGCUAUGGAUGACAAGUUCGGCCUCACGAAGCGGUAUCUCGAGCUGUACACUGAUCGGAAGUAUUCUACGUCGGACAAAAGAAGAUCUGCCGGCGUACAUGCUGAAAUCAAAGUCCUCGAGUACUUCUUCACGCAAAAAUUUAGAUUCGUGGAUAACGACAAAUUCAUUGCGACCAGCAAGCCAUCAUGCUAUUGCUGUCAUCUUUACUUUAAGCACCACCCAUUGAUGCCCUCAGAACCCGCCACUCAUUGUAACAUCUACUUGAACUGGCGUCCACCUCAAUUCGUAGGAGAGCACUUCAAGAACUCGGUACGCGAUCACCCACGCCACAUGUUAUUCGCCAUGAUUCCCGAUAUCCGACAAGAGGCUCUACAACAAAUUCUUGAGAGAUCUCCUCCACGCCAAUCUCAUCCAGACUCUAACACUGGGAUCACGGAAUCUGCCAACCUUGGGCACGCUUCAAUACCAGAUUUGUCGCACGAACUUGAGCGGUUAUCUCUCGCUGGAGACAUUGCCUCGUGUGUUGGUGACUACAGCGAUGACAUUCGACUGAGCGACUUAGAAAGCUCUGAUGAUGAGGAGGGCGGAGGGAUCAGUCUUCUAGACUAUGAAUAAGGAAUGUUAGAGUAGAUACGGAUAACUGAGAGCCCUGCCAGAACG